UAUUAUCGUCGCAGAUAACGCAGUGCAUAUUUAUGCGCGCAUUUCUCAAGCAUACCCAGAUGUUCUCCCGCGAAUGUCUUAUCCGUGGAUUUUCUUGGUUGAUAGCGCGAACUGUCGUGUCGCGCGGGAUGCGUCACGUUGCCGCUACUCCUUGCACGAUCAGCUGUUCCGAAGAAAGCGACCGAAGGGGCACGACAAUUUGCGCGCUGUCCUCAGGGCACGGAAAAUGCGGCGUGGCGGUGGUAAGAAUAUCGGGAAGCCGAUCUCUGGAAGCACUGAAAAAGAUGACGAAUAUAUCGAAAUUGGAACCGAGAAAAGCUUUUUUACGGAGGAUACGCGAUCCGGAAACUGGGGAAGUCAUUGACAAUGGACUCUGUCUAUGGUUUCCUGGUCCGCACUCGUUCACCGGCGAGGAUUCCGUGGAGUUCCACGUGCACGGUGGCAUGGCGAUUCUAACACGAUUGAUGCAAGCCCUCUCGAGACUGCAAGUGCUUCAGGCUCUGCCAGGCGAAUUCACCAGACGCGCUUUCUACAACAACAAGCUGGACCUGACGGAGGUGGAGGGUCUGGCCGAUUUGAUAGAGGCCGAGACCGAGUGUCAGAGAAAACAGGCGCUCCUGCAAGCCGACGGUGUCUUGCGCAAGCUGUACGACAGUUGGCGAAAAAUCCUCUCGGAAUCCGUGGCGAGUAUCGAGGCGUACAUUGACUUUGGCGAAGACGCUCUCAGACAGCUGAUGCGAGAUCUGGAAGGGCACCUGGCCGAUGGCAGACGCGGCGAGAUUCUACGCAACGGAAUUAAAACCGUGAUCGUUGGUGAGCCCAAUGUGGGCAAAAGCAGUUUGCUGAAUCACCUGGUGCAGCGAAAUGCUGCCAUCGUCACAUCCGUCGCCGGCACUACCAGAGACGUCAUCGAGCUGAGUGCCAAUAUCUCGGGCUAUCCCGUGCUGAUAGCAGACACCGCGGGCAUCACGGACAACACUAAAGAUAUCGUCGAAGUCGAGGGUAUCCGUCGUGCGAGAAGCUACGCGGAGAACGCUGAUUUCGUUAUCAUCGUGAUGGACGCGUUUAAGUGCGUGGCCAGCGGAAUGACGUACGAAGAUUACGUGCGCGAAUAUCUGUCAUCGUUGGGAAUACACGAACUGUUAGCGAAAAUGGGCAAGGAGCGUUUCAUCGUAAUAAUGAACAAGAGAGAUUUACUGAAAGCGGAAGAUAAACGUCGCCUGGACGAUGUUGAAGCGGUUCUCAUCUCUUGCAGGACGGAAGACGGCUUCCAGGACUUGCUGCAAUCGGUAACAAAUCGCUUCAGUAAUAUAUGCGGCGAACCAUCCGCGGAGAGUCCGACCAUCAGUCAGGCGAGGCAUAGGGAUCAUUUGACGCGGUGUCUGAGGCAUCUGCGGAAUUACUUCGAGUUAUGCGCUGACGAGCAACACGACAUGGCCAUAGCGGCAGAGGAAAUACACAAAGCGAUGAGAGAACUCGGAAGGAUAACGGGACACGUCAGCACCAAUGAGAUAUUAGACAUUAUAUUCAAGACCUUUUGUAUCGGCAAAUGAUGGGCCGGUGCCACCGCAUACUUUUGUACAUAACAAGACGUACGUUCGCGUAUUUCUCCUUACAGGAUAUUUUCUAAUGUCUGAGAAAAAAGUAGAGCGUGUAAUAAAUUACGAUUAUACAUGUGUGAAUGUAGUGUAUCUAAAUCUAGUAUAUCUUUAUAAACUAUAUACUCGCGUCUCUCUUUCAUGCAUACAUGAUAAGCGGAAUAUAUAUACUCUCGCAAGACAUAAAAUUGCAAUGCUCUUUGAAGAUAUACAUAUGAUACGAUACAUUUCAAUCACAUUAUUUUGGAAAAUGUCUGGUAAGACAUCGAUUCUAUAAUUUGUCUUUGCUGUAACAGGAAGACAUUGAAACGGAGUUAUCUGUGCAUAUAUAUAAAUGUACGUAUAAUAAAUAUCUCUUUCUUGUUCGAAGAAACCUUGCUCGAGUAAGAUUACGAGCAGCGCAAUGAGUAAAAUAAAUAGAAAAGCGCCUUCAUAAGCAUCAUAUGUUUAUUAACAAUGUUACACGCACAAUCAUACAUAGAACAACCUUUUGCCUGAUUAUAGGAUAUAGAUACCCCACGCGUUUAUACACAGAUAGGGCUCCGUUAUAUGGUCUCAAGUCGUUAUCUGUAUGCUAUGUCCGUGUUAUGUGUGCUAAUUGAAAUCGUUAUUAUGACAUUAUUCUCAUAAUAACUCGGUUCGCUCUCGCAAAAAGGAUAAUCGACAGCGAAGUAAUGAAAACAACACAAUUCGACUGAGAGAAGGAGAAAAAGACAAAAAAAAGUAGAAAUAAAUCGCAUACAAAAAUUCGCUUCUUACCACGGACGAUUAUUUAUAUAUCUUACAGCGCUGUGAUAUUCGAAACAGACUAUAUUUUUCUAUCACAAAAAAAAAAGAAAGAAUUGACGCUUAAAUGAUAUCAUUAGUUACACAAAGUCCAUUAUACAUAGCUGCUAAUAAAAUUUUUUCAUUUUUUUUUUUUAU